UCGAAUUCUACAGGCAGUGUUUGAGGACCGUUUGAAAGAACAGAGCAUGGCAGUUCCCCUAAUGGCCUGUGCUGCAGACAUGCUUUAUGCUCCAUCCAGGCAACAAGUGGUGUUAGUCGGGGAUAAAAGCUCCAGUGAGCUCAAGAAGAUGGUUGCUGUAGUCUAUGCUUCAUAUAAUCCACUCAGAAGUGUGAUUCAAAUAGACCGUCAGAAUGAAGAAGACAUGGAGUUCUGGGAGAGCAAUAAUCAGAACAUAUUCCAUAUGGCAAAAGGUAGCCCAAAUGACAAAGAAGCUGUUGCUUAUGUAUGCCAAAACUUCGUGUGCAAUGCUCCAGUGGCAGAACCUGAUGCACUUAGUUCGCUUUUAAUGAGGAGAGUUAGCUAGUUUGAGAUUUAAGCUUCAUUUGCUGUUGAUUAAAACAAUUUUUUAGUAAAAAAAUAUUUUUUUUUACUAAAAAAUUGCUUUAAGAAAUUUGUCUCAAAUAAAACCUUAUUUCAAAUUUGUUUGCUGUUUUGUGGCGAUACAACACUUGCAUAUUAUGUUUUUUUUUUUUUUUUUUUUU